UUCAGGUAAACCAGGUUCAGGAGUUCCACAUAUCAAUCAUAGCUUCAGGUAAACCAGGUUCAGGAGAUCCUCAUAUCAAUCCUAGUUUCAGGUUUGAGAUUGAUUCUGGUGCCAAGAGUAGACCAGAUGCAUUAUACAUAACAAUAUCUUCAAGUAGACAAAAGUUACUGUUUGAAAUGCUCCCGGGUUAUCAUACACAAAACUUCGUUAGUGAAGUGUUUAGACUGACAGAUAACGUAUCCAAGAAAGGAACAGAUAUUCAAACCUUCUCCUGGUUGGAAAAAUAUCAGGCUUUUACUCCAGGUUCCAACUCUAUAAUCCCAACUACUAAUCAGCUUGAGGACUCAAUACCAAGGAUGGAGAUAGCAACAGGACUAGCUGCUCCCAUAGUGGGGAGGGACAGGGAGAGCGUGGCUAACUACCAGAUGUCCACGAAGGAGGAUCAGUUCACGGACCUUCAGAACUUCUCCUUCUUCAUAGGCACCUGGAACGUUAACGGCCAAAGUCCAGGAAAUGGUAGUUUAAGAGCGUGGUUAGCAGUUGACCAAACUCCACCUGAUGUUUAUGUUAUUGGCUUUCAAGAGCUUGACCUUAGUAAGGAGGCUUUCGUGUUCCCUGAGUCUAUAAAAGAGGAUGAAUGGAUGAAAGCUGUCAAGGAAUCCCUUCAUCCCGGAGCAAAAUAUACCCUUAUACGACAUAUUCGUUUGGUUGGGAUGCUUCUAAUCGUUUACUCCAGAAAUGAGUUAACUGGGCAUAUCUCCAAUAUAUGCGUGGAUACGGUGGGAACAGGUAUCAUGGGGAAGCUGGGGAACAAGGGCGGAGUGGGAACACGGUUACGGUUCCAUGCCUCCGAUAUCUGUUUCGUGAACAGUCACUUAGCGGCACACGUGGAGGAGUACGAGCGAAGAAAUCAAGACUACAGUGAUAUCAACGCACGGAUGAAUUUUGUAAAUUUUGAAAAGUUGGAGAGUGAAACUAAACCCUUCACCUCGCUAAAAAUCAAAGAUCAUGAAAAUAUAUUCUGGUUGGGAGAUCUCAACUAUAGAUUAGCAGGGUUGGAUACCGGUGAAGUUAAAGAAUACCUGAAAGAGCAAAAUAUCGCAGAGCUGAUGAAAAACGAUCAAUUCUUCCAGCAAAGACACCAAAGAAAAGUUUUCGUCGGGUUCCAAGAAGGAGAAAUCACGUUCCAACCAACUUACAAGUACGAUCCGGGAACUAAUAUUUGGGACUCCAGUGAGAAGGCCCGGCCUCCGGCCUGGACGGAUCGAAUCCUCUGGACCGGAGAACAUAUUCAUCAGACUGCUUAUAGAUCUCAUAUGGAGCUUUUGGUUAGCGAUCAUAAACCCGUCUCUGCGCUGUUCAAUGUUGGGAUAAAAGUGAUAGAUCGAGCUAAGAAACAGAAGAUAAGAGAGGAGAUUAUGAAAAAACUUGAUAUGCUAGAGAACGACUUCCUUCCCCAGGUGAUGGUGGAUAUGACGGAUAUACAGUUCGGAACUGUCAAGUUUAUUCAACCUUGUCAGCAGACCUUGGCUAUUGCCAACACAGGACAGGUUCCGGUUCAGUUCGAGUUCAUCCAGAAACCUGGACAGAAGAGCUACUGUAAACCCUGGCUGAAAGCUGAACCUAGCUCCGGGUUUAUUAUGCCAGGAGAGAAGUGUGAGGUAACCCUGGAAGUUUAUGUGGAUAAGAAGACGGCCUGUCUCCUGAACUCUGGGCAGGAUAAACUAGAUGAUAUCCUGGUUCUACAUCUUCUUGGUGGCAAGGAUCUUUUUAUUACGGCUUUGGGAACGUACGAGAAGUCAUGUUUUGGUUGCAGUCUGGAUAGUUUAGUACGUCUCAAGGUUCCAAUCUCACAGCUCACAUCUGCCGAGGUUGUUAGUCUAGAGAAAGGAGAAUUCAAUAAAAUUCCUGAAUCCUACCUUGUAUCCGGAGUAUCCCCGAACUACGAUAUCCCUAAGGAGGUUUGGUUUCUCUGUGAAAUGAUGAAGACUUCAGGGCUAGGACAAGAGAACUUGUUUCUUCAGCCCGGAAUAAGGCAGGAAAUAUUACAGCUCCGGGACUGGUUGGACACUGGUCUACCUGAACAAAGACCUGAAGUUUCAAUCCAUAGUGUAGCAGAAUCCCUUCUUAUAUUCCUAGAAUCCCUUAGGGAACCGGUUAUUCCUUACAGUAUGUUGAACCGUUGUAUCGAGUUCUCUGGGAGCUAUCUGCAGUGUAAGCAGAUUGCAAGCCAGCUUCCAACUAAUCAUAAACACUUAUUCGAUUAUCUCAUCGCUUUUCUGCGUGAGGUUUUCGCACGAUCAUAUUCUAACGGAAUAGAUCCUAAAAUCCUGGCAACCCUCUUCUGCACACUCUUCCUUAGGGAUCCCCCGGACUGCUCCUACAAGACGAAGAGCAGUCAGCAGCUGGUGGAGAGAAAGAAAUCCAAUUUUGUUUAUCAUUUCAUAACGAAUCCAGUUGAAGAGUAGAAAAUCGAAACUAAUUUCAGUACAGGUCAUCCUAACUCUUCGGGAUUAGAUCUACUUAAAUCAGAGUUAACGUCUUAAACUCCUUUAAAUGUAGUUAAUUAAUGGCCUACAGAGAACGUAGGUCUAUAAAUCACCCAAAUGAUCGUCUUUAUAAAUCUAUUUUGUUACUUAUGGUGAACGUCAACUGUGAAAUGUGUCAAGUAUGUCUAUAGUGUCUACCCUGUUGUACAAUUUACAUAAAGUAUUGAAUGUGUUGUGUUUACUGUUUAAAAUAUUCGACAAAAUCAACUUUAAGGUUGAGUAAAUAUAUGUAUUAAUGUAAAAAUAUAGAAAAAAUGCAAUUCUCAUUAGA